AUGGAUGAAUACAUUAUCAUCGGAAUCGACUUUGGCACCACAUACUCUGGUGUGGCAUGGGCAUACUCAAAUGAGCCCGAGGAUAUCGAGGUAGUGACUACAUGGGAGUCUGAGCUUAAUCAUUGUUCGGACCUCGAAAAAACACCAACUCAUCUUUAUUUCGGCAAAGGUGAUGGCAAUAUCAAAUGGGGGUAUAACAUUCCUGAAAACGGAGAAGCCCUUGAAUGGUUCAAAUUGCUUCUGCUCAAAGAGAAAGAUCUACCCUUGGAUGUGCGCCACUCGCCCAAACUGGAUGAGGCCCGUCGCCUCCAGGAAUUAUCCAAGAGAGACGUCGUCGAUAUUGUAGCAUGUUUCCUAACCCGGCUUUGGAAGCACGCAUUGCGAUCCAUCAAGGAAGCGAACGGUGACAACCUGCUUGAAAAGUGCCGUUUACAUGUUGUGAUGACGCUACCUGCUAUUUGGCCCCAUUAUGCUCAAGAAAAGAUGAGAAAUGCCGCUGAAAAAGCCGGGUUCUUCAGGAAAAGAUCAUUCCAAGAAAUCAACUAUCCAGGCAAGGGACAGAUCAAGAAGUUUCUCAACGACAAUUGGGAGCACGGCAUUAAACCACAAUUCCGAGGUCAGAAUCGUUCCUGGGGUGUUGAACUUCCCAACUCGGUGCUUGCAAAAGGGAAAGGCAAAAAGAGACCGUCAACGCUGGAAAUCAGCACUUCCGAGCUAAUUGACGUAUUCAGCCCAAUUGUUGGCAAGGUUGAGUCGCUUGUCACUCAUCAAUCAAUGUCUAUCGUGGGGAAGUAUGGAAGAGAACCGAAGUUUGUAAUUCUUGUCGGUGGGUUUGGACGAAGCCCAUACCUAUUUGAGCGACUCAAGUUGUUAGUUGGAGAGAACACUACGGUCCUUCAAUCCCGAGGUUCUAAACCUUCAAAUUCAUUCACAUUUUACUCGCGAACAUUUACUAACGAUGUUUAUCAGCUGGGUCGCAAUAUGUCGUGGAGCAGUGAUUCAUGCAAUCACAUCCUUGGGCUUGUCUAA